GCAAUUAAAUCUGCAGCACAAGGUGGGCAUCUACACGUGUUGGAGUGGAUGGUAGCCAAACGUGAGGACCGUCGGGGACCGUGGAUAACUGACUUUGCGUGGACUUUACAAGAAGCAGCAGGCCAAGGACAUCUGGAGACAGUAAAGUGGCUCUAUGGAUAUGACCCACAGUCUGCACAGGCGUUGGGUGGUGCUGCUGGAAAUAGGCACAUGGAUGUGGUGGAGUGGCUCUGGGACCAAGGCGCUCGCGGUGCUGACUUCGAUCCCAUGGACGCUGCAGCAGCAAACGGGCACUUGGAAGUAGUAAAAUGGCUACAUGGACGCGGAGUUCCCGGAAGUCAUGCCAUGCAGAAUGCCGCAGUAGGAGGACACCUUGAAGUGGUAAAGUGGCUGUACACCAACGGCGGGGGAUAUAGCGCCGAUGUUAUGGAUGCUGCAGCCGCUAAUGGGCAUCUUGCGGUUAUCCAGUGGCUUGAAGCGAAUAUUAACAGACAAAUGUACUGCACCAAGGCAGCACUCGAUGGCGCUGCGAUGAAUGGCCAUCUAUCGGUUGUAGAAUGGCUACAUGAUAAUCGCACAGAAGGAUGCACCACAGAUGCAAUGGAUGCCGCUGCGGGAAAUGGCCACCUCGACGUUGUCUGCUGGUUGCAUGACUACCGCACUCAAGGCUGUACAGCCAAUGCAAUCAAACGAGCUGCGGAAAAUGGGCACUUGGAGGUGGUGGAAUGGCUGCUCAAAUGGCUGCAUGCUCGCAAGAAUGGCUGCACCACGGCAGCAAUGAAUGGCGCUGCGACGAAUGGCCAUAUAUCGGUUGUAGAAUGGCUUCACGACAAUCGCUACGAAGGUUGUACCACCGAUGCAAUGGACGGCGCGGCAAAUGGGUACCUGGACGUUGUCUGCUGGUUACAUGACUAUCGCACGCAACAUGAACCACAAUCGGCGCUGGCGUUAAGUGCUGCUGCUAGAAAUGGGCACGUGAAUGUGGUUGAGUGGCUCUGGGGGCAAGAUGGCAAGUCCAGUGUCAUGGGUCUAGCUGCAUUCAAUGGGCAUUUGGAAGUCGUGCAAUGGCUGAAUGAGCAUGGGGGUGACGUCGGCUACGCAAUGAACGAUGCUGCGGCAGGUGGCCACCUGGACAUAGUGAAAUGGCUACACACGAACACGAGCGCGUUAUGGCGUUCCGGAGCAAUUGAUGAUGCGGCUGGAAAUGGCCAUCUCGAAGUUGUGAAGUGGCUUCACGCCAAUGUCAAUAAAAGGGUGGGAGGGGGCGAAGUAUGCACAAGCAACGCGCUAGUAUCUGCCGCCUACAAUGGACAUUCUGAGGUGAUGGAGUGGAUAGCAGGCCAUUAUGGACACCAAGGUCAGACGAAGGUGACGACGAUUGCCGACAAAUUAGCGAGUUGGGGAAGACUCGACGCACUUAAAUGGCUGCACAAUGUUGGGCCUUGUUACAUUACAACGGAAGCUAUGGAUGACGCUGCAACCAAUGGUCAUUUGGAAGUCGUAAAAUGGCUACAUGCCUACAAGAAAGACUGA